AUGCGUUUCUUCAACUUCAUGCUGGCGGCUAUGGCCCCCGUCAGCCUCGUGGCCGACGCCGUGCCGCGGACCAUGUCGCCGCAGGAGCUCGACCUCGAGGAGCUCCUCGUCAAGCACAACCUGGCCCUCGUGCCCCGGUCAGAGCUCACAGACGCCCUCACGGAGCUCAAUGGCCUGCUGCGGAGACAGCAGCAGCAGCAACACAACGCCCCCAUCUUCCCGCGGCAAAACAGCUCCGGGGGCAAUAGCAACAACCAGCCCCUGGAUCUCAAGGGCCUCGGACUCGGCGACCUGGGCAAUGUCCUCGGCGGGAUUGGCGAUCUCGGCAAGCUUCUAGGCGAUUUGCCCGAUCUGAUCAAGGCCAUCACCCAGCUUCUCACGCCCGAGUUCAUCAAAGGGUUCCACGACGCCAUGAUCUACCUCGCAGAGCUGUUGCGGCCGCCAAUCGCCGGCAUUGGCCGUAACAUCAUCACCAAGGCGGAGCCGCUCAUCAACCUCCUUGGCGAGCUGGACCUCAAGGGCCUGAUAGACCAGAUCAAGGAUGUCGACCUCGCCAGUCUCGUCAAGGGCGUUCUCAAGCUCCUCACAGACGGCAACAUCAAGAACAUUGAGGGCCUGCUCACCAAUGGCGCUGCCUUGCUGACGCCGACAUUCGUCAAUGAGACACAGUCGCUCAUUGGCGAGGCUUCGCCACUCAUCGACCUCAUCAAGGACAUUGACCUCAAGGGCCUUGUCGACGCGCUGAAGCCGCUCCUGACCAAGGAACAGGUCGAGGGCAUUGGAAAGCUGCUCAACAACGCCGAGAGUCUGUUGACGCCUAAAUUCGUCAACCAGACGCAGUCUCUGAUUGGAGAGGCCUCGCCUUUGAUCGAUAUGCUUAUGGAUAUCGACCUCAAGGGUCUGCUCGAUGCCCUCAAGCCUCUCUUGACAAAGGAACAGGUCGAAGGCAUCGGCAAGCUGCUGACCAAUGCCGAGAACCUAUUAACGCCUAAGUUUGUCAACCAGACGCAAUCGCUGAUUGGAGAGGCGUCGCCGUUGAUUGAUAUGCUUAUGGAUAUUGACCUCAAGGGUCUAUUGGAUUCUCUAAAGCCUCUCCUCACAAAGGAACAGGUCGAGGGCAUUGGACAGCUGCUAAAGAACGCCGAGGCGCUGCUGACGCCCAAGUUCGUCAACGAGACGCAAGCCCUCAUCGGAGAGGCGUCUCCUCUCAUUGACAUGCUCAUGGACGUUGACCUUAAGGGAGUUCUCGAAUCCCUCAAGCCCAUUCUCAAAAAGGAGUCUAUCGACGGCAUUGUCACCUUGCUUAAGAACGCAGAGGAUCUGCUCAGCAAGGAAACGGUUGACCAGCUCAAGGUCAUUCUCAAGUCUGCCAAGCCUCUCCUCGACAAGCUCGACAAGAUUGAUCUAGACGGCAUUCUCGAUGCGCUGGAACCACUCCUUACUAAGGAGUCGAUCCAGGGGAUUGUGGAUCUGCUCAAGAACGCAGAGAAUCUCCUUACCAAGGAGACGGUCGAUCAGCUCAAGGGCUUGCUCAAGAGUGCUAAGCCUCUUCUGGACAAGCUGGGCGAGCUCGAUCUGAAGGGCAUCCUUGAUGCACUUGAACCACUGCUCACAAAGGAGUCCGUCCAGGGCCUCGUCAAUCUACUUAAGAAUGCCGAAGAUCUUCUUGGCCAGGAAACAGUCUCGCAAAUCAAGACACUCCUCAAGAGCGCUAAGCCGCUGCUUGAUAAGCUUGACAAGAUUGAUUUGGAUGGCAUCCUCAGCGCAUUGGAGCCCCUUCUCACCAAGGAGUCGAUCAAGGGCAUUGUCGGCUUGGUGGGCAAUGCUGAAAACUUGCUUACCGGCCAAUUUGUCAACCAGACCAAGACCCUUAUCGGAGACGCGCUGCCUCUCGUAUCCUCUCUCAAGGGUCUAGAUCUGGAGGAUCUUCUCAAGCAGGUCGGCCCGCUGCUUCAGAUGCUCGGCAAGCUUGACCUGGAGGGCAUUCUCGAGUCGCUCGCACCUCUUCUCACCAAGGACAGCAUCAAGGGCAUCGUUGGCCUCCUUGAUAACGCAGAGCUCUUGCUUACUGGCAAAUUCGUCAACCAGACGCAGACCCUUAUCGGCGACGCGUUGCCGCUUAUUACCUCCCUGCGUGGUCUCGACCUCCAAGAUCUGCUCAAGCAAAUUGGCCCGCUGCUUAAGAUGCUAGGCAAGAUCGACUUGGAAGGCAUACUGGAGUCUCUAUCUCCCCUGCUCACCAAGGACAGCAUCAAGGGCAUCGUCGGCCUGCUUGGCAACGCCGAGAAUCUCCUCACGAGCAAAUUCGUCAACCAGACUCAGACUCUUAUUGGUGACGCUCUUCCUUUGGUGUCUGCAUUGGGCGACAUCGACCUACAGGACCUACUCAAGCAAAUUGGUCCCAUCCUCAAGAUCCUCGGAAAGCUUGACCUCGAAGGCAUCUUGGAGACUCUGGCGCCUCUCCUCACAAAGGAUAGCAUCGGCGGUAUUGUUGGCUUGUUGGGCAACGCCGAGGAUCUGCUCACGAGCAAGUUUGUGAACCAGACACAUACGCUCAUCGACGGUGCCGUGCCGUUGGUUGGCGCCCUCGACAAGAUUGAUCUACCCAAGCUCAUUGACCAGCUCAAGCCGUUGCUCGAUGUGCUCGACGAGAUUGACAUCAAGAGCCUGGUCAAGCAGAUCAAGCCUCUCCUUGACGCUGUGGGCGAGAUCGACCUGCCCGGUCUGAUCAAGAAGCUGGCGCCUAUCCUGAAUGGUCUUAAGGACAUCGACCUCAAGGCCAUAUUUGAUGCCCUCAAGCCGCUCCUCACAGCCGAUACAAUCGACGGAGUCGUUGACCUUCUCGACAACGCCGAGCAUCUCUUGACGGACAAGUUCGUCAACGAGACGCAGAGCCUCAUUGGCGACGCCGCUCCUUUGCUCAAGCAACUGCGCAAGAUCGAUCUCGAAGGCCUCAUCAACCUGGUGGAGCCCCUGCUGGAAUCGCUCAAGGACGUGGACCUCAAGGGUCUCUUCAAGGCCAUCAAGCCGCUCCUAGAUGCGCUCAACAAGAUCGACAUCAAGGGCAUCGUCGACCAGAUCACCCCGUUCAUCACGCCCGAAAGCGUAAAGGGCAUCUUGAAGCUGGUGGCCAACGCCGAAGACCUGUUGUCUGCCACAUUCGUGGAGCAGACGACAGAGUUGAUAGGCGACGCGACACCUCUCGUGGCGACGAUAUCCGACUUUGUGCACGCCAUCUUCAAGUCAUUGAUGGGCCCUUAG